AUGGCCACUGCCAAGGCGAGCGCGGGCGCUGCCAGGGGAGGGCACGGGCACAUGUGGGUGUGGGUGUGGACGCACGUGCGCGGCGCGGCUGGGGUGUACGCAUGCGGGCACGGCGGCGGGUGCAUACGCCAGCGGCGCAGCAGCAGUAGCACCACCACCACCUGCAACGCAGUAGCAGUCAGCGCAUCAGCAAGCGGCGCAGCAACAAGCGACAGCAGUAGCGGCAAGAGCCAUAGCAGUGUGAGGAGCAGCGGCAACAAGCAGUACAGGCAGCAGAAGAGACAUAGAGCAGCGGCAGCAAGCACACACGUACACGUAUGCGGGAGCUCGGACGAGCACGGGGACGGCGACUACGGUAACGGAUCAAAGGGGAAAGGGAGGGGAUCGGCAGAGGAGCUCACCACGGAGCUCGUUGACGUGCUCGGGGCGGCCGGGGCUGGUCGGGGAUGCGUAGGUUAA